AAACCUAGACGGAAAACGCGAAGAAAUGGAUGAAUCACCGAGUCGUUUUUCAGAACGCGAUAUUUCGUUUACUUACAUACAUCAUACAGGAUAUGGAAGACCUAAUACAAUAUGCUACGGAGCUCCAAGAUAUACUACAUAUGUGAACGAAACAUCAAUCAUGCCACGGCCAAUAUCCCAAGGGGCUGUAACCAUACCAAACAGUCAAAUCGCAAUUCGAACAUGUAUUCUCUAUGAGCACCUUCACGGGAGGACGGUUACAGCGGCAUAUAGAAACUUUUGCAACAAAGUUGGGAAUGGUGUCAUUGAUUUUAGAUCCUUUGGAUUUUGGUUUGAUAGAUUCCGAACAGGAAAUCAUGAUUUGGGCUAUGACAUUGACAAGGAACUUGAGCCUCGAUCUUUGGCAGAAAUGCACAAGGACAUUAUGAGAAACAUUUUAAGAGAGCUUAACUCUCAAUCCCCAAAUUCUCCUGGGUCUUCUGACCGCUACCAAAAUGAAGAUGAGUACUUUCCCGUCUACAACCAGCUCAAAGAGCUUAUUCAAGAACUGAAAGAUAAACAAGACCCAGUAAAACCCGUUACAGAACCCGUAAAACCAUUUGAAAGCAAUAGGAAAGUACUGUGGGGUUAUAUAUUUUUCGAAUGCUCUCAGAGUAAUUCAAUUUUUGAGGCUUAUGAGAAAAUGUGUGAAACUGUUGGAAAAAAUGCAGUCAAGUACUGGGAGUUUGAAUAUUGGUAUCAGAAGAUUAAGGCAGGGGAUUCCAGUAUGGAAUCUGACAUUGAUUUUGACAAAGAGAUCCGAUCAAUGUCCGCAAUGCCUAUAGACAUAGUUGGUGAGAUAAUGAACAAACUGGAAUUAGAAGAAAAACUAUUGAUGCGAAAAGUUUCGAAGAGUCUUCGUGGCUUUAUGGAUAAUCUGAACAUUGGUGUCCGAAAAAUUAGUCUAAAAAUCUACAAUACAAAAUCAAUUUUGCAAUUUGAUGAAAAGGAAGUGAUCUAUCAGGACAAAAAGGAUGACUGUAAUUUGUUGCUCAAUGAUCAAGAAAAACUUGUGAAAGGUGGAAACUAUACAAUAAUGGCUUUGCAUGAUUGGUCAGUGGUCAUGCAAAACCAGACACUGAAGCUCAAAACACUUAAUUUAACGUUGGCAUUGGGAAAAUCUGAGCAUUAUCAUAACUGCUACACAACUAUCACGACUGUUGUCAAAAAGGCAAUAUGUUUGUUUGUAGAGAAAAUCACACUUGAAGGAUUCCAAUUCAAGGAAGUUUAUGACGUUCUAAGGAACUUUAAACCAGGAGUACUUGAAAAGAUUGUACUUAACUCACCAACAGGCAGCAAAGGUAUAGAAUUGCUAAUUCAUAUGAACCAAUGGAAACAAGCCCGAGUAUUUGAAAGCAGCCGAAACUGCAUACUUGCAAUGCCAAUUGAGAAUUUUUUUCGCUUCUCGAGAUUUGACGUUUCCCUGAAAUCUCUAUCAAAGUUAGAUGCGGUAUUGAUCCGAGAGAAACUGCUAAAGUCCAGUAAUUUUAAACGUGGAUGCUUCAGAAUGUUCAACUAUGAUCCAAUUGAAAUUUUGAACGUAUUUGAGCAAAAUUAUUCAGGAGGAACGUCUGGAUCAAUCACCUACAAUGAUGAAGAGUCGGAGUUCAGAAUUCAUUUUGAUACAAUGAACUUUGAAAUUAUUAAGUGUAUCUGA